GGAAAGAUAUAAACUUUAUAUAAUCAAAGAGAGAGAGAGAGAGAUGGAACACACAUCAAGAGCAUUAGUCCUAGCUUUAGCUCUAUGCCUUGCCGUUCUGAUCACUCCAGGAGCGGCUCAUGACCAACCACCACGAUCAGAAUCUCCACCUAGCUUUCCCAUCGACUUAGAGAAGUGCUGGUCAUCUCUCUUCAACGUCCAUGGAUGUGUACUGGAACUCUUCCAGUCGGUUUUCUCAGGCAAGUUUGGACACGUUGGAACCGCGUGCUGCAAGGCGUUUUCGACCAUAGAUGCUAACUGCUGGCCUCACAUGUUCCCAUUGAACCCCUUCUUCCCACCUCUUCUUAAAGACAAUUGUGCUAACCUUGUUCCAAACUUACCCUAAUCAUAAGUGAGAGUGAAGUGGACCAUU